UUCUUUUGACACCAAAUUUGCCGGGUGUUUGUUUGUCGAUUGUUGUUGAAAUGCGACAACAAAGCAAAGAUUUCUCCGUUUUUACGGAUUUUUGAAAAUACAGUCUUUUACAGCCUUGGGAAAAUUUUUUACUCGUUUUAUAUUUAUUAUCAUGUCUAUUACCAACUGAAAGCUAAAGACAUGAAGUGAAUUUUGUUGACUCCAGAAUUUGUAGAAAGUUCUUUGAUCGCGCGAAAUCUAAAGUUUUUUUAUCGCAAUGCCGAGGUUCGAUCUUAAGAAGUUUAACCAGAGAAAGAAGGAACUUAGAGAAGAAGCAUUCCAACGGAACAGAGAUAUACUGGAAGCUGACAAGGAAAUUAAUCUUUUGGAGACAUCAUUCAAACUGAAAAAAGCUGAACUAGAUCGAAAGUCACAACAAUGCAAAAGGCUGGACGAAAAGGUUUGCUCAUUUUUCGCACCAAGAAAGAUAUAUUGAUUCCCUUAUUAGCUUUGAUUAGUUUCACUACAAGAUUUGUAAAGAAGUUUAGGAAGAGGGGGRGCUUCCAGAUAWAGAUAGGGAGUUUAAGGCAGAGGCAGUGUAGUUUACUUGACUCUUAGAUGGGUUUCAUAGAUUGGUAGAGUAGUGAAGGAGGURGAGGAGCUGAAAGACAUAGACAGGGAGCUAGGUGUAUGUAACAAGACCAACAAAUUCAGUGCAAGGUCACCUACUACUGAUGAGACAAAGGAGAGGACUGCCAGAUUGAGAAGAGCUGAAACUAUGGAAAUGGCAUUGAAAAUACAUGGAGGGACACCUGAAGCUGCAGAGAAAGGUUUGAUUGACACAGUCAUAAGRAAAUGCUCGUCAGAAACUGUAGCUGAGAAGAUAGUUGGAGCAAAGAAUGUCAUGGAGAAGAUCAACAAGGAGAACAGGAAAAAGACCAAGAAGUAUGAAAAUUCAGAAAGAAACAAAAUGAGAAGUGUAGCUGUGUAUUAUGGUGGGGGGGUUAUGGGGAAGAAAAAGUACCGUGCAGUCUUCCGGUAUAGCUCUUAUAUAAGGGAGGGGAGUAAGUUCAAACGAAUUAUUGUAGGUAACAGCAGAAUCCCAAAACUUGUGCCAUAUUAUAAAUUGAUGCCUUUUAUCAAGAGUAUUGAUAUUGGUAAGUUAUAUUCUGUACGUGAUGAGUUAUGUCAAGGUCUACCAGAGCAUGAAAAGGUGAGUGGUGUCUACAGGGAUCUUACUGAACUUUUGUUAACUUUAGCAAAAUACUAUCUUAGUUGUAGGCGAAAAGAUCUCCAGUGGUUUGGAAGUGCCCCUCACACUUUCUCUAUAGCCAUAGGUGGAGAUGGGUCACMAUUUAUGAAAGAUGACACAGCUUGUGCUUGGCUCAUCAGCUUCCUAAACAUUGACAAAGGAGUCUUAAGUAGUGAUGAAAACUUUCUUUUGUUUGGAGCAAAUUGCUCUGAAAAUUGCACUCCUGUUCACAGGUUUUUAGACAAAAUCAACAAGGAAAUUCAAGCCAUUGAGAAGAAAACUUUUUCUGUUACCCUACCUAAUGAUACCGUCAUCAAUGAUGUUAAGUUUGUAUUCUCAGAGUUACCAAAUGACAUGAAAAUGUUAUGUUUUAUUGCAGGUGAAGUUUCAAAUAGCGCCACAUAUUUCUCAACYUUUGSGAAUGUAAACAAAGAUGAGAUUGCAGACACUAAUGGCACAUUUUCUCUUGACAGAAAUACCAAAUGGAAGCCUUGGAGCUACGAAAAGCGUCUCMAAGAUGCUGAUUCAGUGUCAAAAUUCAAAAAAUCUGYCGCUAAGAAAAAAGUCACUGAAGCAACUAAGAGAAACAACAUAACACAACACAUUGCCAGCCUAAAAAGCCGCCAAGAGUUUGUUCCAUUACUGGGGAAACUUAUUGACAGGGCACAUGUAGACCCAUUGCAUAUCAAAAAUAAUGCCUGUGCACUUAUGCAUAGAUUAAUACUACAUGAAGUUCUUUCUCUAGCUAAUCUUCCCCAUAACAUCCCUUUUUCCAAAGUUCYAUCCACUUCAUGCUUUUACAAAUACAUUGAUACCAUGCGAAAUGUUUGUGGACUAACUAGGUUGGCAAAAAGACUGAUCAAGUGGUUCGACGAAACCUUGUCAACAGGUAAAGAGUUUGAUUACCGAUUUACUGGUAAGGACUCUAGAUUAUUUCUGCACAACUUUAUGCUUUUAAUUGCUUCAGUUGACCCAAGUGGUCAAAAUGUUUCACAUGAUUUGCAUAUAAUGGCUUAUGCUUGUUUAUGUUUGCGCGAUGCAGUUGCUUUAUUUUCACGCGUUAACAUUUCUGACCCACAGAUUAAAGAACUUAAAGUCUUCUGCAACAACUACUUACGAUGCCAUGCUUUAUUUUUAUCUAUUAAUCAGACAGUCUGGACUAUAGGUCAAGUUGUCCCAGAACACACACGCGACAUGUUUAAUAGGUAUGGUAAAGGUCUUGGCUUAAAUUCCAUGGAAGGCAGAGAAGMGAAGCAUAUUUUUGUASGCAAGUAUAGUGUCAAUACACUAUACAAAGACAGGUGGGAACAGAUUUUCAGACAUGAAUUUAUUUCAUUAAUUUGGUUAAGAUCUAGGGGGUACAACCUUUCAACGUCAUCUAGAAAUAGGUUGGAGACAUAUGUGCCAGCAAGGGUAAAGAAGCCAGACUACUGUUACUGUGGAAUGGUCAAAGAUAUCAAUGCAGAAAGUUGCUGGUAUUGUGUACACCCAUUAAGAGAAAGAAUAAAAUCAUGUAUUGCUAAAGGUAAGAAGUCUCUCCUUUAAUGCAGUCAUGGAUAGCAGGUGGUUUCUCUACAAUCAUUACAUUAUUUACUUUAAAAAUAGCAUGAAAUUACAUUGGAUCGUCCAAAAGUUCUUUUAAAAACAGCACAAAAUAAAUACAUGAAAUAGUGGAGUUCACUAUUGUGGAGUACACUAAUGUAGCAAUGGUAGUGAACCCACUCUGUAUUGGUAGCGAAACCACUCAAGCGAGUGGUAGCAAAACUACUUUUGAUAGCGAAUUUACCUGUAACCAUGGUCAUGCAUUGUGUCAGCAGGAGGCUAUGGCAAAUCAAAAGAUUAAAAAAAAACAACAAAUCAAACAAAAUCAAAUUAAUAAAACACAAACAAUGCAUCCAAUUAACUUUCCUUUCUUUGGUGAAUUAUAGUCUUUUUAUUAUGUCAUUGAAUCCUGCUUAGCUAAUUAAAGAGAUAGCAAAAAUAAAGCAUGAGAUAAGGUAAGACAUGAUUUCUUAGUGUUUGUCAAGAUCUAACAGGCAURACAGGUAAGUGGCAUGGGCAUUGAAAAUACAAUUAUAUUUAUCUUUUAAUAUUCAAUUGGUAUUACAUAUAAGCGAGUGCAUUAACAAUAGCCAAGUAGAAUAUCAAUUGAAAACAAGAAGAUAAAUUCUGUAUUUUAAAAUGCCUAUGCAAUGUUCCAUUUAUUAUAUAUACUUCAAGUGAUACCAAUACAAAACAGGGAAAACAAUCAAAAUUUAUCCAUGGUGGCAUGUUAUUCAAAAAUGAAAACUGUCAGUAUUGCAUUUAAAUGUAAACAUGCAGGAAAUUUCCUGGUAUUGAAUUGAGGUAUAUAUCAUAAAUGUUUGUUUAUCCUGAAUGCCAGAAUAAUCCCUUACUAACUGCUGUUACUACUAAGUCCAAAAAUCUAACCACCGUUGGAAAAAUAAGCUAAUUACUAAGUCAUAUCUUGUAAUAUUGUUGGUUAGAAUAACAAAAAUCUAACCGCCGUUGGAAAAAUAAGCUACGGUAACUACUUAGUCAUCUGUAAUAUUGUUGGUUAGAGUAAGAAAAAUCUAACCGCCGUUGGAAAAAUAAGCUAACUACUAAGUCAUAUCUUGUAAUAUUGUUGGUUAGAGUAAGAAAAAUCUAACCGCCGUUGGAAAAAUAAGCUAACUACUAAGUCAUAUCUUGUAAUAUUGUUGGUUAGAGUAAGAAAAAUCUAACCGCCGUUGGAAAAAUAAGCUAACUACUAAGUCAUAUCUUGUAAUAUUGUUGGUUA